AGAUGGCCUGCAACUGUCCAGUGACUGAACCGGGACCCACACUCGCCUCGACUUGUGGUGGAGCUCCGUACAUGCUGUUCAUGGGUCUACUAGAGGUAUUUUUGAGGUCCCAAUGCGAUAUAGAAGAUCCAUGCAGUAGGUUACGUGAAACCCAAAGCCUGUCCGAUUACGACUUCAUUGUGGUUGGAGCUGGUAGCGGCGGAUCUGUCACAGCAAGCAGACUAAGUGAGAUACCAGAAUGGAGAGUGCUUGUUAUAGAGGCUGGUGGCGAUGAACCCACGGGCACUCAAGUACCAUCGAUGUUCUUAAACUUCAUUGGCAGUUCUAUAGAUUGGGGUUAUCAAACGGAGCCUGAACCUCAAGCAUGCUUAAAUGAAAAUGAGAGACGCUGUUACUGGCCUAGAGGAAAGGUACUAGGUGGUACGUCAGUUAUGAACGGUAUGAUGUAUAUGCGUGGGAGUCAUAAGGAUUACGAUGAUUGGGCUGCAAUGGGCAACCGAGGCUGGAACUACGAGGAAGUGUUACCUUAUUUCCUGAAAAGUGAAGACAACCAAGAAAUUGAAGAAAUGGACAAGGGAUACCACUCUGAGGGAGGGCUGUUAACUGUGUCACGGUUUCCAUAUCAUCCUCCAUUGAGUAGGGCGCUCAUUAAGGCUGCCGAGGAACUGGGAAACCCAAUCAUCGAUUUGAACGGAGCUCGGCAUACGGGUUUCGCCAUCGCUCAAACAACAAAUCGCAAUGGGACCAGAGUGAGCGCGGCAAAAGCCUUCCUACGACCAUUCAACCAAAGAACAAACCUUCACGUUUUGAUGAAUGCUACUGUUACCAGAGUUUUGAUCAACAAUACAACCAAACAGGCGUAUGGUGUAGAAGUACUCAAACAUGGCCAGAAACAACUUAUAUACGCCAGCAAGGAGGUUAUUGUUUCUGGCGGUGCCGUGAAUACUCCUCAGAUCCUCCUGCUUUCUGGAAUAGGUCCUAAGGAAGACCUACAGACUGUUGGUGUUCCAGUGAUACACGAUCUACCCGGAGUUGGCAAGAACCUGCACAACCACGUGGCUUACUUCAUCAACUACCAAAUCAACGAUACGAAUACGACACCUCUAAACUGGGCUACUGCGAUGGAGUAUCUUCUAUUUAGAGAUGGUUUGAUGAGCGGAACAGGGGUAUCUGAGGUAACAGGGUUCGUCAACACCAAGUAUCAGAAUCCUCGAGAAGAUUAUCCGGAUAUCCAGUUCUUCUUCGGCGGGUUUUUGGCUAGCUGUGCUAAGACUGGACAAAUAGGAGAGAAGGUUGACAACGGCACGAGGUCAGUUCAAAUCAUACCGACCGUUUUGCAUCCGAAAAGCAGAGGGUACCUAAAACUGAAGGACAAUAAUCCGCUGAGUCAUCCUUUAAUCUAUGGUAACUACUACACCCACCCGGAUGACAUCAAAGUUAUGAUUGAGGGAAUCAAGAUGGGUUUAAGAUUAGCAGAAACCAAAGCACUGCGGAGGUAUGGCUUCAAACUGGAUAAAACUCCGACACCUGGCUGCGAGAAUAUCCAAUUUGGUAGUGACAAGUACUGGGAAUGCUCAGCAAAAAGAGCCACGGGACCAGAAAAUCAUCAAGUGGGUAGCUGCAAGAUGGGGCCACCGAGCGAUCCUAUGGCUGUAGUCAGCCCUACGCUUCAGGUCUAUGGAAUAGAUAGGCUACGGGUCAUAGACGCAAGCGCAAUUCCGAAAGUGACAACUGGAAACACCAAUGCUCCAGUUAUAAUGAUAGCUGAAAAGGCCAGUGACAUGAUUAAAUCUCGAUGGAUCACGAACGAUGCGGAAUAUUUCUACCAGCCGACGAACAACAAUAGGCGUCAAGAAAACCGAAUGGACUAUUAAGUUAAUUAGUGCAGAAUAGCCAGAUAUUUACUGUUUGUGUUUCUUUCACUGUCUACUCACUAGACAAGUAAGAUUAGCUUCUGCCUAUUGCAACUGUUUGAAGCACCUAAUAGAAAGGAACAUAUUCAUCCAAGUGGAUGGAUUAUUAUUGAAAGGGAGUGCCCAAAUAUUUAAAAACUAGCAGAAUUAACUAAUAGUAUAUUUUAAGAAGCUUAUAACGUUAGGUGACAGUAACAUGAAUUACGGCACUGUAAAUACCGAGGUUUCAAGAAGAAAACUGCAGCGUAAGCUUUUUCAUUGAGCAAAACUGCAUGCUUUCUGAAUGUUAUAGAGAUUUUAACUUUGUUGAUGCUAGAGACAACAUCCUUGUAAUUUCUUCUUCAAUAAACACAAAUUUAUUAAGUUUGGUCCAAACGCUUGUAGUUCUUUAAAAACAAAUUAAUUUUCAAAAAUCUUACACCUUAUUAUGGUUUUAUUGUGGCAGUAAGGAUAUUAUAAUAACAAAAACAGAUGCAUAG